AUGACGGAUAGGCCUACGCGACCACUUCCUGCGUCGAAGAAGAAAAAGAUCGCCGCACCCACAUCGCUCAAGGCAGAGCCCUUCGUGCCCAAUCCCAAUCCGCUGAUGCUCCCUGUGCAGGCGCAUGUGCCCAAGGGUAUAGCAGCCGCGUCUCAACGACGUCUUUUUGUCGUUUUGGAACAGGCGUGCUUGGAGGCUUACCGUAUCUCGAGUGGGAGUGCAAAGGGCGCAAGACACGGGAAGGGAGGCGAGGGUGACGUCAAGUAUACCUUGCUCAACUGCGACGACCACCAGGGUAUCCUCGCCAGGACGGGAAGGGACAUCGCAGAUGCUAGGCCUGAUAUUACGCACCAGUGCCUGUUGACUCUCCUGGACUCGCCUCUGAACAAAUCUGGUCUUCUUCAAGUGUAUAUCCAUACUGCGAAAGGUGUGCUUAUCGAAGUCAAUCCGCAUGUCAGGAUACCGAGGACGUUCAAGCGCUUCAGUGGAUUGAUGGUCCAACUUCUCCACAAACUAUUUAUUCGUGGUGUCAAUGGUCCAGAGAAGCUGUUAAAGGUCAUCAAAAACCCCGUCGUCGACCACUUCCCACCCAACACCAUUAAACUGACGCUGUCGGGCGAUGCUAAAACGCAGCGACUUUCACAAUACCUACCCACGCUACCUCAGAGUCAUAAUAUUGCUGUUUUCGUGGGCGCUAUGGCCCGUGGGAGGGACGACUUUGCGGAUGCCUACGUUGACGAAAAAAUUAGUAUCAGCGAGUACCCGUUGAGUGCUAGCGUUGCUUGCGGCAAGUUUUGUUGUGCGCUUGAAGAGCUCUGGAACAUCGUCUGA